GCACUAACUAUGGUCAGCAGCACAGCACUGGAUCAGAAGCUGAAUCAAGUUGCUGGCAAAAAAUUUCUGUUGAGGGAUCAGGCCUCCUGACAAAAUGGAAUGGAAUGCAACUUGUGAACACUGGCAGGCCGUGCAGACUGCCCUGGAAAGCUGCUACCUUCCCAUUUUUUAUGGCAUUGAGUUUAUUGUGGGAAUCCUUGGGAAUACUGCUGUUGUUUUUGGCUACCUCUUCUGCCUGAAGAACUGGAACAGCAGUAACAUCUACCUCUUCAACCUCUCUAUCUGUGACUUGGCUUUUUUGUGUACCCUUCCCAUGCUGAUGAGAAACUAUGCCCAGAGAGAAUGGACAUAUGGGUAUGUGCUGUGUAUAAGCAACCGAUAUGUACUUCAUGCCAACCUCUAUACCAGUAUUCUCUUCCUCACUUUUAUCAGCAUUGAUCGAUAUCUGCUCGUGAACUAUCCUUUCCGGGAACACCUUCUGCAAAAGAAAGCAUUUGCUAUUUUAAUAUCUUUAGCCAUUUGGGGUUUAGUAACCUUAGAGCUCCUGCCCAUACUUCUUUUUAUACAUUCUGAUGACAAUAGCACCAACUGUACUGAUUAUGCAAGUUCUGGGGACCCCAAUCAAAGCCUCAUUUAUAGCAUGUGUCUAACCUUUCUGGGCUUUCUCAUUCCCCUUUUUGUGAUGUGCUUCUUUUAUUUCAAGAUUGCUCUCUUUCUAAAGCAGAGGAACAGGCAGCUCACUACAGCUUUGCCCCUUGAGAAGCCUCUCCACUUAGUCAUCAUGGCAGUUGUGAUCUUCUCUGUGCUUUUUACUCCUUACCAUGUCAUGCGAAACGUCCGGAUUGCUUCACGCCUGGAGACCUGGAAGAAGUCCCCAUGCACUGAAGCCAUCAUCAACUCCCUGUACAUCUUGACAAGGCCGUUGGCCUUUCUGAACAGUGUCAUCAACCCUGUCUUCUAUUUCCUUUUGGGAGAUCACUUCAGGGAGAUGUUUAUGAAUAAACUGAGGCACCACUUCAAGGCCCUUACAUCCUUCAGAAGAUGAGCUCAUGGACUAACAUUUUCAUUCGAGAAUAGUGAGGUGCCUGUGUAGCAGAUUGUUUUACAGAAGCAGCUGUAGGUCGGUUAGAGUUUAACUCAGACAUAAAUCAGAGAGGCCUACAGACUUGACCCUGGUUUAAAGGCAUGCUGGAUCCAGGGUGUGUGAAAAGAAGAUGAUGGAAGGUAUUUAUUGGUUUCUUGACCUAAGCAUUGAAAGGAGUUGGACUAGCACUGUCUAAUGUUUGAGCACAUAAGUCCAAAAUUCUAUGUGAUAUAAGACCCUCUCAAUCAGUGUAAAAGGAACAGAAGAUAAAGUUGCAAGUUGUUUGUGUUUAAUCAUUGGUGCUGCUGCUGCUAAGUCACUUCAGUCAUGUCCGACUCUGUGUGACCCCAUAGACGGCAGCCCACCAGGCUCCCCCGUCCCUGGGAUUCUCCAGGCAAGAACACUGGAGUGGG